AUGCCCAGCCCAUAUGACGGUAAAAGAACGGUAACUAAGCUUGUCAACGAGUUAGAAAAUGCUGAAAAGCUAUCCGGUAGAGGCAGAGCCUAUAGAAGAGUUUGCGACUUGUCACAUAGCAAUAAGAAAGUAGUUUCAUGGAAAUUCAAUGAAUGGGAUUACGGUAAAAACAAUAUCAGUUUGCCAUGUAAUGCAAGAGGUUUAUUUAUCAGUGAUGAUGCAUCAAAUCCAGUUAUUGUUGCUAGAGGGUAUGACAAGUUUUUCAAUGUGGGCGAAGUCAACUUCACCAAAUGGGAGUGGAUCGAAGAAAACUGUACAGGCCCAUACGAUGUCACUAUAAAAGCCAACGGUUGUAUUAUUUUUAUUUCUGGUCUAGAAGAUGGCAAAUUGAUAGUUUGCUCUAAGCAUUCCACUGGACCUAGAGAAGACGUAGACAGAAAUCAUGCGGAAGCAGGUGAGAAGCAACUUUUAAUGCAAUUGGUGAAGAUGAACAUCGAUCCAAGUGAUUUUGCUAGAAUGCUAUAUACCCAUAAUGUCACCGCUGUGGCAGAAUAUUGCGAUGAUUCAUUUGAGGAACACGUUCUAGAGUAUCCCCUUGAAAAAGCUGGUCUAUACCUACAUGGUGUCAAUAUCAAUGAGGCAGAAUUUGAAACUUGGGAUAUGAAGGACGUUUCGCAACUGGGGUGUAAAUAUGGAUUCAGGUGCGUCCAAUGCACGUCAUUGAAAACCUUGGAUGAUUUGAAAAAGUUCCUAGACAAUUGUUCCGCAACUGGAUCUUUCCAAGGGCAAGAAAUCGAGGGUUUUGUUAUCAGAUGUCAUUUGAAGAGUACUGGGAAACCUUUUUUCUUUAAGUAUAAAUUUGAAGAACCGUAUUUAAUGUACCGUCAGUGGAGAGAAGUCACUAAAGACUAUAUUUCCAAUAAGUCAAGAGUGUUUAAAUUUAGGAAGCAUAAGUUUAUAACCAACAAGUAUCUUGAUUUCGUAAUCCCAAUAUUAGAGUCGUCACCCAAGAUUUGUGAGGAUUACAUGAAAGGUUUUGGAGUGAUUAAAUUGAGAAACAGGUUUCUAGGAUCAUAUGGUAUGAGUGGGUUGGAAAUCUUAAAUCACGAAAAGGUGGCCGAAUUGGAAUUAAAAAAUGCCAUUGAUUAUGAUAGAGUAGACGAACACACUAAGUUUUUGAUUUUCCCCAUAUCAGUCAUUGGAUGUGGAAAAACGACAACCUCCCAGAUAUUAGUCAAUUUGUUUCCUGAGAGCUGGGGUCAUAUUCAAAAUGAUGAUAUUACUGGUAAAGAUAAAUCUCAGUUAAUGAAAAAAUCGUUGGAACUAUUAUCCAAAAGAGAAAUUAAAUGUGUCAUAGUUGACAGAAACAAUCAUCAGUUCCGCGAAAGGAAGCAAUUAUUCGAGUGGUUGGAUGAAUUAAAAGAAGACUAUUUGGCGUAUGAUACGAACAUCAAGGUAAUUGGUGUGUCAUUCGCACCAUAUGACAAACUAUCGGAAAUCAGAGACAUAACAAUGCAAAGAGUAAUCAGAAGAGGUAACAAUCAUCAAAGUAUCAAAUGGGACGAAUUAGGAGAGAAGAAAGUUGUGGGUAUCAUGAAUGGGUUUUUGAAAAGAUAUCAACCAGUUAAUUUAGGUAAAACACCGGAUAAUAUGUUCGAUUUAAUGGUGGAGUUAGAUUUCGAAGGGGCAGACACUUCAUUAACUAAUGCGAAACAAAUCCUCAAUGAAAUUCAUAAAGCUUACCCAAUUUUGGUACCUCUGGUCCCAAAAGAUGAUGAAAUUGACACGGCAUUUAGAAGGAGCUUAGACUACAAACCUACAGUAAGAAAAAUAGUUGGUAAAGGCAACGGUAAUCAACCAAAAACGCCUAAGCUUAUUAAACCAACAUACUUCUCAGCUAAUAUAAACAACUAUGAUGAAAUCAUUGAUUUGGUAAAGGAAAGUGUUGCUAGUGAUGCAGACCUGUCAGAACAAUUUAAAUAUUUACUGACAAGUGGAAAGGUUCAGAAGGAACUUCAUAUAACACUAGGUCAUGUCAUUUCGUCUCGUGAAAAGGAGGCAAAAAAGUUAUGGAAAUCAUAUUGUAACAGAUACACUGACCAGAUAACGGAGUACAAUAACCAUCGUAUAGGAAAUACACCAGCUCCAGGCACUAACCAAGAUAAGCAGCUGAAAACCACCGACACACUGAAAUUUAGACUGGAAAAACUAUGUUGGGAUGAAAAAAUCAUUGCUAUUGUGGUAGAACUGUCCGGAGAUAAAGAUGGGUGCAUAAUUAAUGCAAACAAUGAAAAUGUCAAAGGUUUACGUUGUCAAAACAAAAUUCCUCAUAUUACACUGUGUAAGCUUGAAAGUGGUGUUAAGGCUGUUUAUUCCAAUGUCCUAUGUGAGAAAGUUGAAUCUGCUGAAGUUGGUGAAAAUGUAAAAGUUGUAAAAUUGAAUAGUUCGAAGGAAUUUGUUGCCAACGUAUACUUAAACUUUUAUGCAGCGCUCUGA